AGAAGAUGUCGUUAGUAGUCCGGGUUAGACUUUCGUCCCCACACAAUUACUCCCUCGUCAAAUGACACGACUGAGGACAUAGAGCGGUUGAAGAGGCAUACGACGCUUGAAGUGGCAGAAGACUACUACGGCAACAAUUUAGCUCAGUUCAGACUUCCAGUAUUGCCCUUCUCAUCUUCUGUCAAGUUUGGAGUUUAGCCAAAAUCGUUUACCCGCCAGGCCGCCAUACCAAGCUGUUUCAGCGCUUGCGGAGUUGCAAACUUGCAGAGUUCAAAUAGAUGCUCAGGAUUAAGAAUAUACUAGGAUGUUGGCAGUCUGCAAGGAUAGGGAUAUGGGCUGUUGGAAUGCUGUGAUUUCUGGGUUCUGUCAAAAUGGGAAUGCUGAAGGUGCACUGUGUAUCUUAGAUAAGAUGAGAUCGGUUGGCAUUAAAAUGGAUGGAAUGACUGUAGCAAGCAUUCUUCCCAUUUGUGUUCAAAAGAAUGAUAUCCUACGUGGGGUGCUAAUUCAUUUAUAUGCCCUAAAACAUGGGCUAGAAUGGGGGGACAUAUUUGUGUCAAAUGCACUGAUAAACAUGUAUGCCAAAUUCGGCGAGUUGGGGCAGGCGGAAAAGCUCUUUAAUCAAAUGGUGGUUCGAGAUUUAAUCACUUGGAACUCAAUGGUCUCUGCGUAUGAGCAAAACAAUCAACCCAAUAAAGCACUUAAAUGCUUUUCAGAGAUGCAGCUAAGUGGAUUUGAACCUGAUUUAAUAACACUAAUGACCUUAGCUUCAAGUAUUGCCCAGACUAAACAUAUUGAACACAGCGCAACCAUUCAUGGGUUCAUCCUAAGGAGAUGCUGGAUACUUGAAGAUAUUGUGCUAGGUAAUGCAAUUGUGGACAUGUAUGCCAAAAUGGGUUACAUUGACUAUGCACGUGAGGUUUUCUAUAAUCUGCCUUGUAAAGAUGUGGUUUCUUGGAACACUAUCAUCACAGGCUAUGCGCAGAAUGGCCUUGCAAGUGAGGCCACUGAAGCCUACUCCUUGAUGAAGAAUUGUAAGGGAAUUACACCCGAUCGAGGAACGUGGGUCAGCAUUUUGCCGGCUUAUUCCCAUUUAGGGUCGUUGAGAGAAGGGAUGAAGAUUCACGGACAGGUAUUUAAGGUAUGUCUUCACUUAGAUGUCUUUGUGGGCACUUGCCUGAUCGACCUCUAUGGCAAAUGUGGGAGACUUGGAGAAGCUAUGUCUUUGUUUUAUGAAAUUCCCAGGGAUAAUUCGAUCCCUUGGAAUACCAUGAUAUCUUGUCAAGGAGUUAACGGGCAUGGUCUAGCUUCUGUUUCACUAUUUAGAGAUAUGUUGGAUGAUGGGGUUGAACCAGAUAGUGUAACAUUCUUAUCAAUCUUUUCUGCCUGCAGCCAUUCUGGUCUGGUUGAUGAGGGAAAACGGUACUAUGAUUUGAUGCAGCAAAAGUUUGGGAUAAAACCCAGUCUAAGGCACUAUGGGUGUAUGGUUGAUUUAUUUGCUAGGGCUGGGCAACUAGAAAUGGCAUAUGAUUUCAUUACAAAGAUGCCUUUACCGCCAGAUGCUUCGGUUUGGGGCGCUCUUCUCAGCGCUUGCAGAGUUUAUGGAAAUGUUGAGUUGGGUAAGUUGGCCUCUGAUAACUUGUUUUCGGUCAACUCAGAAGAUGUUGGGUACUAUGUUUUGUUAUCAAACAUUUAUGCAAAUUCAGGAAAAUGGGAAUGUGUGGAUGAAGUGAGAUCAUUAGCAAGAGACAGGGGAUUAAGGAAGACCCCAGGGUGGAGCUCUAUUGAAAUAAGGAAUAAGAUUGAGGUUUUCUAUACAGGUGGUAAUCAGUCUCAUCCGCAGUAUAAGAAAAUAUAUGAGGAGCUGGGAAUUUUAACUGCUAAAGUGAAAACCCUUGGCUAUACUCCAGACUUCAGUUUUGUGCUGCAAGACGUCGAGGAUGAUGAGAAGGAACACAUUCUUGCAAGUCACAGUGAAAGAUUUGCAGUCGUGUAUGGACUUCUCAAUACUCCUCCUAAAAGCUCAGUGUGUAUUUUCAAGAAUUUACGCAUAUGUGGUGAUUGCCAUAAUGUCAUCAAGUUCAUGUCAAAGGUGACUGAGAGAGAAAUUGUGGUGAGAGACUCCAAUCGCUUUCACCAUUUCAAGGACGAGAUUUGUUCUUGUGGGGAUCAUUGGUGACCGUACGUCUUGAUUAUGAAUUUAGAAGGUCCACUGAAGGAUUUAUCCAUUUCUCUAUAAACUCUGUGUAAAGAUAUCACACUUUCUUGUUUUGAGAUGUUAAAUCCAGGUACUUUCAGCUUUCACUUCUCAGUACUCCAUGGCUUUAUUGAGACCCCCUCAAUGGUUAUAAGCAUUGGCUUCUUUAUUAAAGUGUAUAAUUAAUUUCCAUUAUUAAAAAGUAAUACUACGUAAUAUUUUAGGCAAAGGGCUUUACCUUACAAUCACUUCCUUGCUUUAUUGGGGGCCAAGGUAAAGUUUUCCUAAUUUAUAAAGAAAAUUGCUUGCGAUUUUUUUCGUUUUAGAUGUGUUUUGCCUAUGGUUUCUUUCUUCCUAAAAUGGACUUGAUUAAGGUGGGGGGGGGGGCUCAAAAGCGUAAGAAUGGAGGCUGUUUCUGACUUUCUGAAUUCCGUUUUCGAGUAUGUUUGGUUAGGGAGAGGAUAGGGAACAGUUAAAAGAAUUUCCAUAUAUGGUGUUUGGUUUUGCUUGGGCCAUUUGAAAAGUGAUUGUAUUCCUUAAAUUAUUGAAAAAUGUUUAACCAUAGAAAUAUCUAGUGUACUAGUGUUUAAAUGUAAAAGAAAUUUUAAAAAACAGAAGUUGGGGUGUAUGGUAGAGAGAAGUACUCCCUCCGUCCCUUUGAAAGGCUACCACUUUCCUUAUUUGGGUGUCCCAUUUAAAGGUUCACAUUCCAUUUUAGGAAAUAAUUUACUCUCUUUAUUUACACAUAUACUCAAAAUUCUCUUUCCUACUCAUUACAUGUCAAGUCUCACAAUUUUUCCUUCCCCAACUUAUCUCCAUGUAAUUACUUUCACUUUAUGUGUUUACUUUUUCUAAAUUUUAUCUUCUCUUUUUUUACCCAAAUUACUUUAUUUAACCACUUGCCUAAAAAAUUGCGCCAUUUACCUAUGGGAACAUUCCAAUGGGACGGAGGAAGUAUAAUUUUAGAGAACAUGAUGGAUAGUUAUAAAUACUGUCUUUCUUACUAUUUUUUUUUGUUUUAGAGCCCUAAAAGUAAGGGGUGUUGUCUGUUUGGUUUGUCGGUUUCUGUUUUGUCGUUUUAGUUUAGGUAGGUCAGUGUUGAGAAAUGCAGAACCAAGAACUGGAUUGAGUAGCCUUAUGUCCGUUUGGAUUCUGUUGUUUUUAAUCGGUUUGUAUCCGUUUUGUUUGGUUUAUGUCUCUUUCAGCCAGUUUUAGUUGGUUAGGUCGUUUUUAUGCGCAAACCACCUGACCCUGACGUGGUUUUCAUUGGUUUGUCAGUAGGUUUUGCUUAAUCUAUUCUUUUGUUUAUUAAUCUAAAAGUUAAGAAACGGCAUAAACUUAGGCUCUCUGCUUUUAGCUUAUUUUUCAAAUUAAAAGGACAACAGCACUUAAAAAAAUCUCACAAAAAUUUUUGAAUUGAAGUUUUUGAAGGGAAAGAAUUGAAGGGAAGGAAAUAUUUAACAUCUAUCUGUUCUCAAUUUUUGAACAGAUAAUGGAGAACUUUAAUACCCUCACCAGCUAAAACUGUCACCAGCUAAAACUGGGAAGUGGGAAACCAAACAUACUCAUAGUGUCUUUUUGAAAUCUGAGAAAUACCAUGAUGCUAAAUAUGGAUGAAGUUUAGUGUAAUUUUUUUAAUGAAUUCAUCUCCAACAUUUUUUCAAAAUCAUUUUAUUAGUUAUUUGUACUAUACUUCGUUCUUCAAUUGUUGCAACACUUUGACUUCACACUCUUCAGUCUUCACAUACUUCACUCUGAGUACAUUUUAUUGUUUAAUGUUUUUUUUCCAUCAUUUAUUAAUGUAUUAAAAAAUUACGGAGUAUUUUUUAAGAAGUAUUACUAUAUCUAAAAUUUGUCUCAAAGUAAAAUUUCAUAACAUGAUUUAUUUAAUACGUAGUAAUAUAUACUAAUAGCUAACUAAAUAUAUUAAUAGUCAAGUCGUGUGUUGUAAAACAUGAAAUUCAAACUAUUGCAGCUAAAUAAGAAUAGAGGCCAGUUUAUUCCUCCAAAAAACAGAACAGAGGCAGUCUAAAGAGUAUUGCUGAAAGGAAUCCGAAGUUGUUAUAUGUUCAUUGGUAUCUUUAUAUUGAGCUAAUCUCAAGUUUCACUAAACUCAAUUCGACAAUUGCCAAAGACCUUACAUCCAGGGGCGGAUCCACCAUGGGGGCAGCCGCCCCCACUCAACCCCCACCCAACCCUUAUAUAUAUAUCAAAUAUAAAAUUAUAUAUGUACAUAGGUAUUAAAUAUAAGUAUAUUAAACAUUAUAAACGAAGGUUGUAAUUAUGAGUAGCCGCAGUAGACUGGAGAUGGAUUUUACGUGUGUUUCCGUAGCCUUGUUGGUUUAGGGUUCGAUUCUCACCAUCAGCGUUUUCCAUUUUGUUUUACUUUUGCAUUUCUAAGCUCCCACCCAGUUCGAUUCUCACCUUCAGCCUUUUCAUUUUGUUUUACUUUUGCAUUUCUAAGCUCCCACCCUGUUGAAUUCUCACCUUUAGCCUUUUUGAUUUUGUUUUACUUUUGCAUUCUUAAACUAAUUUAAAGCUACUUUAGAGUUUAGACAAUUGUAUUUUAAAUUUGGCUUAUUUAAACUACUUCAAUAUAAUUAUAGUUUAACAAUUGUAUCUUUACAUUUAAUAUAAAUUCAUUUUUAAGUAUGCUUGUGCAUUCACAAUAUAAGUUAAUUCUAAAUAAAUAUUUGAUUCAUUUCUUAUUUGAUUCUUAUUGAUAAUAUAAUUUUGAAUAAAUUACAAACUAUGUGAUUAAUUUUGUUUAGCAAAGUAAAAAUUUAUCUGGCAUGAAAUUUUAAGUUUGAUAUCGUAAUAGUUUUGUCCCACCAAUAUUUUGUUAUUUUUAAUUGAUUUUACACUUUUUUGUAUUAAUGUGGUCAUUGUUCAUGACAUGUGUGAUAUAACUAAUGCAAAUUCGCCCCCACUGACGAAAAUUCCUGGACACGCCACUGCUUACAUCCACAUUUUACACUUCAAAAUAAUGUGCUCAAAUGAGCUCAGAAUUAUUAAUAUAAAGACCAUAAGAUCCAAAUAUAUGUUAAAAAUUAAAAACAUCAGCUCUACUUCUCUUGACGAAUCGACAUGAUUUCAUGUUAAAAUUAAUCAUGCGAAAAUACCAUUUUCCUCCUUUCACUACUCACUAACAUGUUCCGAGAUACAAGCAUGCCAAUUUUCAGAAAAAGACAUUUCUGGGUCUGAGUAUUUCUUUGAGCAUGCAUGUUCUGCAUUUCUAUUAUAAGCACAAUAAUAUUACUCAUCAACAACUUUUGUUAGAGUAACAGUCCUGGAUGAGAUAUUUCUACAUACAUGAGAUAUUACUCAUCAACAACUUGCUAUUAUUUGUAUUUAACUAUAUGCUAUUGGGACUGAAUUAAAUUUUGGGUUGAGAAAUUGAUCAUGGAUGUUAUGCUACGCUAGUGGUUAAUUUUCAAUCAUACAUGGGUGUUUCAUAUGAACUGAAAGUAAACUACUUUUAGCAUAGUCUUGAGUCGGUUAGUUUAAAAGAUUCAAUGUGCAAAAGUGUCCAUUGUGUUAGAAUAUACUCAGGUGAAGAAGCGCUCCUUAUUUUUUUCUUCGUCCCCAUAUAUUUUUGUUUUUUAUGAAUUGACACUGUAAUAAGCUGUGUUGGCAACUAAUAGGAGCUACAGCUGGUGGAUCAUGACUCAGAAAGACAAAUGGGCGCAGGCACAGGUAAAUUAGGUAAAGAAUAAAAGAUCAUUCCAUUUAAGAAUGUCAAAGCUGGUGUCUUUCUUUGCCAUCUAGUCUGUUAGUGUUAUUUGUUUUUUAACUUUUUUUACUAAAGAUUUGUUUUAUGCAAUUUUAGUGGCAUGUGGUAAGGAAAUCUACACAACAAAGAAUUCCACUCAUUGUUUUUCUUCUCCAGGAGGAGGGAGUGUUCAAGGCAGGAAUGCAGGAUAUACAUACUUUGAAUAGUUGUAUAUAGUAAUUGCUGUCUUUUUGUAUUUGUUACUGUGUCCUUUUCAAUAUCAAACUUGUUAGAGCAAAUAUAUAUUUUGCUUGAUCAGGCAGGGCUGCAAGAGGAUUUUGCUGAGGGGUCAUAGAUAUAGCAGCAACAGCAAAGAAGAAAUGAAAGAUGUUCGAGUGUUCGACUGAUCAUUCAUUUCAUGGAGGAACUGGCAGAGAAGAUCUGAGAAGAGCUAUACUGCACGAAGAAAGAGAUGAAUCUCCUUCCACAACAAAGAUCCGAUGCGGUGAAUAUCUGUGCGAUCCUCAAACAUUAAUAUAUAUUGAUGACUAACUUACGCGGGGAUAUGGUAAAUGCUCUUAAGAUAGGCUGGCCAUGCAAAAGAUUAGUUGCAGGAUGAAGUGAGGGAUAUGAAGGCUGCUUUGGUCAACUGGUAGCUAGAUAAUAAAAAAUAAGAAAUAUUUAUCUAUGAUUAUAGCAACGAAUAUGUUGUUAUGAUUAGCACAAAGUAUUGACAAGAAAAACUUGUGACAAAGAGAAAACAUGUUUUACAAAACAAAAUGUCAUUGCACCGAACAUUUUAGUUGUCCUGACACAAUAAGAUUUGAAUUGAU